GUUAAACAUGCAUUUACUUCCGGUAUCGCUAGUGUGGUCCUUGUAGUUUUUAUUAAGAUAUUGACAUACCCUUGAGUCCUCUCCAGUCUGUAGACAGUGUCCGUUUAGUGUAAGUACAGUCUUCCAAGUGUAUUAGCCACAACGACAACAUGGGGUUUCUAAUGUCCAAAUCCAUGGAUGAGAACUUAAAGAAGCAGCAGGAAUUCAUGCUUCACAACUCACGGCUGCAGAUGGAGCGUCAGAUCCUGAUGCAGAACCAGAUGAGAGAACGUCAGAUGGCCAUGCAGAUCGCCUGGUCCAGGGAGUUUCUCAACUACUUUGGGUCUUUCUUUGCCGUGGCCGCAGCAGGACUCACUGUGGGUGCCAUUAAAAGAAAGAAACCAGCGCUGUUUGCUCCCAUCAUUCCACUCAGCUUCAUAUUGGCCUACCAGAUCGACAGCGCCUAUGGGACGCUCAUUUAUCGUAUGAGAGGGGAGGCUGAGAAUAUCAUGGCGUCUGAACGCGACCGCCUGGACUUACCUGCCGGGGUUCCAACCUUCGAUAGCAUAGAGAAGGCUCGUAGGGCUAGAAGCGGCCUGGCCUCCAUCUUGGAGAAAUGAGGCAAUAGUUGUGAAUUGUCCAGCGGGUUUAUUCACGUCUCCUGGCCGUCAAAAACCGUCCAAAAUCAUUUGCCUUUUUUUUUUUUUUUUAAUAUAUAUAAACUUUUGCACUAAUUCUAUAUCAUGGAUCUGGGGUUGGGUCUUAGCUAUUGCUGAUCAGAAUAAUGAUGUUGUUUUGUGGUGCAUUAGCAGUAAUACAUUUAAAGUAUAUAAUAAAAUAAACUGACAGAUAAUAAUAAGUGAAGGCUGUAGAUGCUUGUUGAUCGUCCUCCUAAUUAAAGCUGCAUUAAGUGUUUUUAUACCAGUACAGGGCAGAAACACUCGUGAUGAAGCAUCAGUGUACCUGUUACAUGUGGCUAGCGCGUUAACAAAGAAAGCUGCCUCACCUGCAUUUUCCACCGCAGGACCUUUCCUAAAAGACUGAGAACCACUCUAUGGUCUGGUAAAUUAAGAUGAGUGGAAAUGAUUUUACCCCUUUAAAAAGUGCCUCCUCUGUGGCUCGGAUGUCUCCGAAAGAACAGGUAGACUGAGGUCGGGGCUUGCGGCGCAAAACAUUUCUGAUUGGUUGAGACAGCGUUUUAUUACAACGAAUGGAAGCUACACACGGAAAAAGAUUGUCCGUCAGCUAGCAUCACCUGUCGGAUGUGAGAACGCUGCUGCUAGCCAAUGCUUUGUUUCUAGAGGCCACAGAUGCCAACACUUUAGCGAGCUAACCCCUGGGUAUCUUGGAAAUGCUAAUGAAUGGUGAAACGUAAACUCACUGGAAAUAUCCUUGUUGUUUUUUUUCCAGACAUAUAAUUCCAAAGAAAGCUUUGUAUGACAAAAUUGCAGCCCAUUAAUUUACCAUCCACUUAAGCAAACUCAUCUACUGAUGAUUGUAAAAACGUUAAUUGCAAAAUGAGUGUGCUUACUUAAAUGUCUGGCAUAUCAAGUCUGAUUUUCUUCGCUAAAUCACACUUAACAGCAGCACAGCUCUUUAACAUUGCUGCAUAAUCUUUGCACUGUCGCCACCUACUGGAAAGGAGUGGAGCAGGUCGUUUUGAAGGUGUCUAAUUUGCCCAAUCGUCACAGGUCUUAAAAACUACGCUGGAAACUCAGACAACCUAUAGAGUCAGAGGGAAACAUUAGUCCUUUGAGGAAAAAGUUCCUGACACUUAAAGUUCUGGGUUCUUAGUUAGAAAUGGAAAUAACACUCAGUGGCAACCAAAGCAGCUGAGGACGGAUCAGAAUCAUUAAGCAUUUUUUUCUUGACACCUAAAGAUUAUUAUCCUUUCAAACUGCGUCACUAAAACAUUUUCAAAUGUACAAAAAGAGAGUAAUUUAUUGGUGAGAACAAAUGCUAAGGGUCUUUAUACCAAAGAUAUUGCAGCUUUUAUUUUUAUUGUCACGAUAGUUUUCGUUGAAUGUAAAAUAUUGGAGGAUGCUGAUAUUUAUGCAGUUUGUGUGUUUUUGCCAUAAUUAUAAUUUGUGUUUUACAUCCCAAAGCAAUAUUUUGUAAAUUCAAUAAAAAAAAAAUAAAAACGUAAUAAAAACA